GCCAUCGAGGGCACCUACAUUGACAAGAAGUGCCCCUUCACGGGCAACGUGUCCAUCCGUGGCCGCAUCCUCUCAGGGGUGGUGACCAAGAUGAAGAUGCAGCGCACCAUCGUGAUCCGCAGGGAUUACCUGCACUACAUCCGCAAGUACAACCGCUUCGAGAAGCGCCACAAGAACAUGUCUGUGCACCUCUCACCGUGCUUCAGGGACGUGCAGAUCGGGGACAUCGUCACGGUGGGCGAGUGCCGGCCCCUCAGCAAGACCGUGCGCUUCAACGUGCUCAAGGUCACCAAAGCUGCGGGCACCAAGAAGCAGUUCCAGAAGUUCUGAGGCAGCAGAUAGAGGAGAAAUAAAC